AAGUGACCAGUUGCUUUUGUGCGCGGUUCGCGGGUCGCUCUCUUUCGGUUAUUUUUCUGUGUAUUUUGAUCUGUUGUCAAUUCUCAAGUGUUGUGUUAAACUAAUUAGGUACUAAAUGCACCCUCGACUCAAUUAAUAGACUAUUCUCAAAGGACAACAUGUUUGUUUUAGUGGAUGUAGCGACUAAUUCGCAGUUUGGAUUGCGGGAAGAUGUGCCUCUUUACAUAGGGGAAAGAAAAAAUGCUGCUACCAGUCAUUUGUUCUGCAACCACACAGAGUGUAUAAAAUGCGCCAAAGUUGUUGUGAAGAAUAGCAAUGCUUACAUAACAGACAUGGGCUCAAGGCAUCGCACUUCUGUUAUCGGCGUGGUAUUGCCGCCCCUGGAAGAAAAACAGCUCAUUCCAGGCAAUUCGUUCUGCAUUGGUAAAAACCGCGACAGAUUACUACUGCAGUACAUCAGUCUCACAGUCACCUGCUCGGGUUUUGGCAUAGGAGGCAGCCGCUCCCUGGAGGAAUUGCUAGGUAAACAAGGCGCCAGAGUAGUGAAGGACUGGGGACCGGACGUGACGCACGUUCUCGCCACCGGAGACAUUCUCACCAAGAAAGUGGUUUGCGGUUUGAUCGCGCAGCAGUUUGUCGUGGGCCCGGAAUUCUUCCAUACUCGCUGGAGGCCAUCACCGAAGGUGAGCCGCUGCCGGAUGCUGACAAGUACAAAGUGCGCAAUUACGGCUAUCAAUGUCCACUGCAAGUUAACCAUUCAUGUGAUCGCAAGCGUCUGUUCGCCAACAAGAUCGCCAUCUUUGAUGAUUCCGCCCUAAAGAGAAGUUAUGGGGAUAUCAUAGAGAUGUGCGGUGGCGAGGUUAGGACUCUGGAUGAUGGCGAUAUAAUCGCAGAGGAUUUCCGAGGCGAGCGUGACAUAAUGGUUUUCGUCACUGGCGGGCUUGUCAAAUCCGGGCGCAAGCGCAGACUGAUGGAGAUUGUCAAGUCCCUCGGACGACGCUGCAUCCCAGUGCAGGAGAUAGCCACGGCCGUGUUGAGUGGCAACACUGAGUUCUUCUGCAACAGCAAACAUCUUAUGAUGGAUACACUUCGCAAUGCUCAAAAACUCACCUCGAUGGGGGAUGAAUUGGUAGAUGAUACUCAGAGCACGACUGGCUCGCAAUCGCGCAAGCGCAGAAACCCAUCGACUGCUGGUUCGAGCAUGUACACAGAGAAUCCGAUUCCGUCAAGUACUAGUGCCGGCGUUCGUGUACAACCAUCACAACCGCCUGAGCCACUGCCACAAUGGGCUAAAGAUAUGCUAGGCAUAAGAGAUCCAGGUGAUCCUGAACCGGAACCUAAACCAAGCACAAGCACACAAAGCCCGGUUACACGCCUAAAAGGCCUCAAGCGUCGACGAGCCUCCGGUGACACUGAAACGCCUCCAACUGCUUUGCUAAAAAGCUUGAGUGUCGAACCGGAAAAGCCGCAACCCGCACCACCGACACCUCCGCCAUUACCCGAGUUGCCGCUGUCAUCCACAAACCUGAAAUUAAAGCAAAGCGCUAAAGGUUGCAAACAUCCUCAGCCACGACAAGCGAAAACUUCCGAAGACUCAAAGGAGAACAUACCGUUUGCAUCUACGCAUCCAUUUUCGCAUAACCAACAACAAUUGCACACCUCUUCUCCAGGCACAAAACUGACGCUGAAACGCAAGAACAAGGUGGACGAUGGUAGCACAAGUGUCCAAAAGCGGCCGAAUCUGGCUGCGACCAUACCGUCGUUUCCUGCUGCCCCGGAACCGAGUAAGCCAAGCAUCCACGAGAUUCAAUCACCAUCGAAGCCGUGCGAUGGGACAAAGCAAAAAAAGUUCCGAAAGCAAAAUUUGGUUAAAACAAUGAUACCAAAGGUUACUAUGCGUCGCGUCGUUACAAAUUCAAACUCUGGUUAAAUAAAAAUGGUUACAUUCGCUGUGGUUUCGAAACAAAUCGAAAAUUUUCCAAAAAAAAAAAAAGCAUGUAAUACGAAACAGUCGAAUGUAAAAUUAAACGUUAUUAAUGGCAUAAGUUUA